AUGGGAGAGUGGAAACUGGGUCCCCAGGGGACGAGUGUUUUCGAUCGGGGUUUGAUCCAGGAGGAAACAUCCGUCAAGGAUAUCCUGGUGGAGAGUGGUGCGUAUUAUGAGGAGACGGCACUGAAGAAUUUCAAAGGAAAUGUGCUGGGUUAUGUGACACCGUGGAACAACCACGGAUAUGACGUGGCCAAAACUUGGGGAGGCAAACUCAACUACGUCUCGCCCGUGUGGCUUCAGGUGUUGAGAAAGGGCCCGAAGCAGUAUGAGCUGGGCGGUGCUCAUGAUAUCGAUGCAGGUUGGGUGAGGGACGUUAAGAAGGCCGGGGAAGCGAUCAAUAAUAAAGUCGUUCCCCGAGUUUUGUUCAACAAAUUCACCGACAAGGACUUCUCCCAGCUGCUGACGUACGGCGAAGAGCGUGCGAUAGCCACCAAACUGAUCCUGCACACCGUCCGAAAGUACAAAUUCAAUGGCAUCGUCCAGGAGGUGUGGUCGCAACUGUCCGCUUGGGUCGACGAUGAGUACCUGGUCGGUUUGGAGAAGGAAAUCUGCGAAACCUUAACCGCUUCGAGCUACGAUUCCAUACUGGUGAUUCCGCCGGCGCGGAAGGAAACCUACGAUCUGUUUUCACGGAAACAUUUUGAAACUUUGGCUCCCGUGGUGACGUCAUUCUCGCUAAUGACCUACGACUAUUCUAGCGUUCAGCGACCGGGAGCUUGUGCCCCUCUCUAUUGGGUUAAGAAUGCAGUGCAACACAUCUGCCUGGAUAGUGCGGAGAAUGUGAAGGAGAAACGAGCCCAGAUUCUGCUGGGUUUGAAUCUCUAUGGAAGCGAUUACACCCCUAACGGGGGACAACCGAUUGUGAGUCACGAGUAUAUGGGAUUGCUGAAGCAUCUGAAGAGACAUCUCACGUUCGAUGAGCAUGAUGUGGAAAACUUCUUCGAAGUGAAAACAUCGAACGGUCGCCAUAUGGUAUUCUACCCAAUGUUGUUCUCCAUCAACGAGCGACUGAAGCUGGCCAGGGAGCUGGGAACGGGAAUUUCCCUGUGGGAACUAGGACAAGGAUAG